AUGCAUCGCAUUUUCGAAUUCGACGAUAUCAUCCGUGCAGUGUUACAACACGUCGAGUCCUCUGCGACGGACUUGGUGAACGUGGCGAUGACUUGCUCCAGGCUGGCAGGUCCCGCCCUCGAUAUCCUCUGGUCCAGACAGUCCAGUUUGGCACGCCUUAUCAUGUGUCUGCCACAAGACACCUGGGAGGGGAAGGUUGAAGGGUGUUGCCGCGACUAUAUUGUCCGUCUUUCUAGAGAGCCAACUCCCAUCGAGUGGGAGCACCUCAGAGCGAACGCAUCAAGAGUGCGCAGGCUUGUUAGCAUCGAUGGCUUCACUGACGCGCCGAAGCUACCUCGCGGUCCAGUGCUUAGGCGGCGCACAGAUGGCAUUGGUAGUGCCCUGGAUCUAUUUCGCCCUAUCCUGCGCCCAGACGUCAUUGGUCAUGUCCUGAAGAGGCUUUUCGAGCAGUUCCCCCCUGCCACACUCUUCCCGAACCUUUGCGAAUUGCAUUUCGAGGCCGUGUUUGGUCUUCUGGAGCGUAGUUCAAAAUUCUGGCUGCUUCGGCAGUUCAUUUCGCCUGGAUUGCAAGCGCUCCGGUUUGAUAUAACUGGCAUCCCAACACAUGAGGUAGAGCAACUGUUUGCUGCUCUGCCCACGGAAGCACAUGGCCUGCGCCAAUUAUCAGUAUCGGCGGGCAAUGGUACCGCGGCUUUGACAGUCCCUCCGAGUCUUGGAAAGCUGCCAAAGUUGAUUAGACUGGCCAUUUUCGCAAUCGAUGUGUCCUUAACGAGGCAGAUGAUCACCAAUAUCCAGCAAGCACGGUGUCUUCAGACCCUCAAGCUCAAUUUGUGCGGAACCUCCUGCGACGCGAGUGGUAUACCCCUUGAAUUGCCUAGUCUCAAAACCCUCUAUCUCUCUGAGGGUUCCUUGUCACAGUGCACGCACUUCCUUCGUCAAGUCACCACCCGACAACUAUCACGCAUCAAUAUCAGCUAUCGCGGAUCUGCUAGCCCGGCCGAAGUCACCGCGUUUGUGGAAUCCUUGUCGACGUCGUGCCAAACUUUUGAGCAUUUGGAACGGAUCUAUGUGGUCGACAAAUCAGACCAUCCUGAUUAUCUGCUCGUCAUCCCACUCCACUCCGAAAUCUUCCGGCCCUUGUUCAAGUUCAAGAGGCUGUCGUCUGUUAAAUUCAUCGGCAUUGGAAAUUUCGAACUUGACGAUAGGUUCCUCAAAGAUGUCCCAAUUGCCUGGCCGAGCAUUCAGGAAUUGAAGUUCAUCUCCUGGAAGAGGCGCGCCUUUUAUAGCGUCACCUUCACCGCCAUGAUGUCAUUGGCGUUCAGGUGCAGAUCGCUGCAGACCCUACAUUUGACGGUGGAUGCUACGCAAUCGACAACGAUUCCUCGAGCACCGGACGGGACCGAGGCGCUUUGGCCUACACAAACCGCCCUUCGCAACCUGCAUCUUGGGUACUCCCGGGUGUCGAAAGUUGCACGUGUACCAUACUUCCUGGCCGAGGUAUUUCCAACUCUAUGGAGUUUCAAAUUUUACGAGCGUUACUUGAGGAAUUGUGCUGCCGAUAUUGAUUUGCGAUUAGCACUGGAGAAAGCACAUUCACAACUGGGGGCGCUUCGGAACUCUCCUUACGAAAAUUCGGAUAAGCUAUGGGAGAACGAUUCAGACGACAGUGGGACAUGA